AUGGCAGAGGCCAAACUUCCUGAAGAGAUCAUCCGUGAGAUCCUCACAUUGAUUCUCCCACCUUUCUGCGCGAAGACUUUCUUGAAGUUCCCGUUGGAAAGCCGCCGUCCCUGCUGGGCACAAGAGCGGCCGGGUGCGCUCGAGGAAGGGGGAACCAACGUGCUCCUCAUCUCCAAGCGUUGGCUGCGCAUCGCCACGCCAUUGCUCUAUCAGGGCGUCGCGCUCCGCAAGUCGCGGCACACAUCCGCCGUUGCACGCCUCGUCAAGGCAGACCCCGCGGUCGGGCGCGCCAUCCGCUACCUACGCCUCGAGGGUGGUAGCAUGACGCGCGAGCUCAGCACGCUCGUGAAGCACGCGCCGAACAUCCACACGGUGUACGUGUCCGAACAGAUGCGCACGGGGGAGAGCCUCGAUGGGCUCCAGCGCGCUAUGUCCUUGCUGCGUCCUACAACGCUGUACAUCCAUCUCCUCGCCCAGACGUUGCAUAAUUGGCGCGCAGUACGUGAGGAUGAGAUAGCGCUAAAGGCUGUAGUAGAAGUGUGGCCGUCUAUCGUGAGUCCUCGUUGCACUGUUUCCUCGCGAGACCGCUCAUCAUGA